AUGAAAAUGCUUGAGACCCAAAUCUCUCAAAUUGCCCAAUCAAGUUCUUCAUCCUCCCCUUCUUCAUCUUCUUCUUUACCUAGCCAAGGUGUCAACCCCAAGUCUAUGUAUGCCAUUACUACUAGAAGUGGGAAGAUCCUUGAGAGUGAUCUAAAUGUUGAGAAGAGUCCCGAUGUGAGGAUAGGACUUGAGGUUGAGGAUGAGUCAUCAAGAGAGAAUGAGAUUCUAGAGGGAAGUGCCGGAAAGAAUGAGAGGGGUGAGAAAGAGAAAGAGAAGGAACCCGAAAAGGAGAGCACCAAAGAUGAAACAUCCUUACCCCUUAAUCUCCAACCUAGGAAUGAAAGGUUGCCUUUUCCCCAAAGAUUUGCUAGGUCUAGGCUUGAUGUCCAAUUCGGAAAAUUUUUAGAUGUAGUAAAGAGCUUGCAUGUUUCUAUACCCUUUUUGGAUGCUAUGAAAAAGAUGCCUCACUACUCUAAAUUCCUAAAAGACCUUUUUAAUGGAAGGAGAGAAGUUAAAACUGUUAACCUAACCGCAAAUUGUAGUGCUAUUCUCUCUAGUAAGCUACCAACCAAAUUGCAAGAUCCCGGUAGUUUUUCCAUCCCUUGUUCCAUCAAUGAGAUUCAUUUGAGGAAGGCUUUGUGUGAUCUAGGUGCUAGCGUGAGCUUAAUGCCCUUUUCUGUCUACCAAAAGCUUAAUGUGGGAAACCUUUCACCUACAAACAUCACCCUCCAACUAGCGGAUAGGUCCACAAAAUUGCCUAUAGGGAAAGUUGAAGACAUACCUCUUAGAGUUGGUAAGUUCACUUUUCCGGUGGACUUUUAUGUUCUUGAGAUGGAUGAAGAUGAAAGAAUUACUAUAAUUUUGGUUAGGCCAUUCCUAGCUACUUCUAAAGCAAUUAUUGAUGUCAAAGAAGGUAAGAUGACCUUGAAGGUUGACGAUGAUUCUAUCGAAUUUGAUUUGAAUAAGGUAAUGAGACAACCUUCCUCUAGCAAUGAAUUCUUUAGAAUAGAUACAAUUGAAAACUUGAUGAAUGAGUUUAGAUACCCUCAUAUGCAUGCUUCUAAUGAUCUACUUGAGAAUGUUUUGUUGAAUGAGAAUGAGGUAGGUGAUCAAAAGGAGAUGCAAUUAUAUGAGUAA